AUGGAAGGCCUCCGGGGAGACAGGCCGGGCCCUGACCCUUCUUCGGCCAGCCUAGCCCUGGUGCUUCAGGAGUUACCCUGGGGGCCACCAGUUCCCCGCACCAAGAGCUCGUCCGGAGGGAGCUCCUUCCAGCCCAGAGAAGUUGACUCCAGCCAAAGGCGAAGCCGGGAGCCCGGGGCACCAGCGCAAGAGCAAUCCUCGCAAAGUUUGUGCGGCGGAGCCCACUCCCUACCUGAGCUGGGGAAGCUCCCGCCCGCGCCGUGUGGCUGCCGGGGCCGCGGGGAGCAGCUCGCAGCCCGGGACGCACCGGGGAGUCGCCGCAGCCGCCGCCGCCCGCGCCCCUCGGCGGCCGCGCGGAGCCUCCGCCUCCUCGGAAGGGGGGAGGGGUCUCGGAACCCCGGGGCGGGGGCGGGAGCGGGGACCUCACCUACCUGCGGUGGCGCUGGGCCACUCCCGGCAGCCCGCGAGGGCUCCGCGCGGAAGCUCGGCGCGCGCGCUCCAGCGGGGAGCCGGCGACAACUAAUGGAGACAUUUCCAGGCGGAGCACCUGGCGAGCGGAGCGCGCCGGCGUCCCCAGGCGCCGCGGUCGUCAGCCGAGCCCGCACCGGCGUGACGUGGGCGAGCGAGCGCGCUGCUCCCACCCGGCCGCCCAUUAACGCUUUCUCCCGCGGGCGCCGCGCUCUUGCCAACUUUCCCCUCCGUCCGGUCUGCGCGCGGCGCGCCGGGUGCAGGAGGUGGGAGCCGCUGCUCUGCAGAGGUCAAGACAGGCCCGGAAGGGAAGCCGGAGCAGCAGGUGACCGGCUGCCCAGGACGUUCUGUCACAAGGAGAACGCGAGAGAUGAAGUUGGUGAAGACUCUGCUUUGCAGGCAAAGUCCUGGGUCUGAUGUUGCCUCUUACAGCCUGCUUCCAGAGCUCCAUUAAAGCUUCGGUGAAGUCUCCCCCAGCCCACAGGAUCAUGUCGGCAUUGACAGUGUGCCUUGCAAGGCUGGAAUGCACUGGGCCUCUCCCAGACUGCUGCCUGCAAAGCAAAAAUCCCCUCUACCAGGAUGCGGUGGGCUUCAAACUCUUGCUGUUCACCUGCAAUUCCAAUUUUGCAUGGGUGUCUCUCUAGUCCCCUCCUAGUCAGCCUCUUGUGGAUGAUGGGCCAACAUUGUGGACACCUCUUGAGUCAGUGGCCCCGAAGCUGCCGUGGGGUCUGGGGUCUGGACCAGAGCAUGUUCUCAGGGCAGGCCGAGCCAUGCUGUCCGGAUGUGAUGAGGGAGCUGUGUCAGGCAGGCUGACAGGCCCUGGGGCCUGCUCCUGGGGCCACAGGGCUCUAGGGACCGGUUACUGAGAUCUGGGGGCACCAACAGACCCGGCCUGGGUGGGCGGCCAGCAGCCCAGAGCCAGAUGCAGCUGCACCUGCCUGAGUGUGUGAUGUGAUGCUGAGCUGAGAUGCACGGGAAGUGAGUUCAGUGUUCUGGAAAAGAUUCCUUCGCUGAUGAGAAGAGACAGGAAGGGAGGACCUCUUUUUCCCCUGGAUAUGGUCAUAUCUCGAAGCGACCUGGGGACCAAGCAGGUGUUAUGCCAGCAGGGGCCCCACAUUGGCCAGAGGUGCCGGGCUCUCCCCUGGGACCAUCACUUUGACUCUUAGUCUAGAAAUUGGAAGCGUGGAGGUCAACAGCUGCUGGUGUCCCCUCAUCUCACCUACAUUUAAAAACCAUUUCUCAUGGAAAAUUCCAAAUAUUUACAAAAAUAGGGAGACUUAUUGAAUAGGGAGAAGAAGUGGGCACCCGUCAGCCAGUUUCAGCACUUACAUAAUUCAUGGCCAAUCUUACCCAUUUUCCCCAACCAAUUUGCUUUGGAGCAAGUUCAGGGUAUCGUAUCUGUAAAAACAAACACACACAGACAAAAAAAAAAAAACAACAAAAAACAAAACUCCUAUGAAUAUCAUACGUGAAAAGGCAACAAUUCUUUUCAUAUUUUUAAAUUUUUAAAUUAUUUCAUUUUAUUUUAUUUGUGGAGACAGGAUCUCACUAUGUUACCCAGGCUGGUCUUGAACUCCUGGGCUCAAGCAAUCUCCAUGCCUCAGCCUCCCGAAAUGCUGGGAUUACAGGUGUGAGCCACCAUGCCUGGCCCAAUAAUUCUUUAAUAUCUUCAAAUACGCAAUGUUUCCGUUUCUUUGCUUUUUGACAGUUUGUUUUUAUGUUUUAUUUUUAAAUAACAGCUUUCUUGAGAAACAAUUUGCAUAACAUUUACUCUUUUAAACUGUACAAUUGAGUAAUUUUUAGUACAUUCAUGAGCUUGUGCAACCAUGACCAUAGAUUGCAGAACAAUUUCAUUACCCCCCAAAAA